AGAAAAAUUCUGAAAGUAAUUAUUCUGCUGCUAGCUGUGAUUUCCAUAGCAAGUGCUCGACUUGUCUGUACUCCGAAUUAUUGUGAUAAUGUUCAAUACGAAGAGCUAGAUUGUGAAGAUGAGCAAAUAGUGAAGUAACAUAACUCUUCUUGCGGAUGUUGCUCUACUUGCUUCACUGAAAUACUAGCUCCAUCUACAUGUGACAUCGUUUGAAAGUGCAUUUUUAAAAAGGUUUUGAAGAAGACGCAUUGCUGCUUAGGCGCUAGUUAGACAAUUUCUUAAGAGGAAAGAUGAAAAACACUUAUUUCAGCUAAUUGAAAAACACGCAAGUCAUGUGGUUCAUUACCGAAAACUUAACAAGCAACGGAAGUGCAUACUAUCUGGCCUUAUUUCUUAUACUCUUAUCCACCAUCUACUACUUUGUCCGAUCACGUGGUCUACCGCCUGGUCCUGUAGGCCUUCCUUACAUAGGAUACUGGCCUUUCUUUGAUACUUCAACUAUACAUUUACAACUGCUAAAAAUGAGAAAAAAAUAUGGUGACAUAUUCAGCUUUACCGUUACAGGUCGCCUGUACAUAUCUUUAUGUUCGUAUAACGUCAUAAGAGAAGUAGACUUAAAGAAACCACAAGAUUUUGAUACUAGGGCAUCUGGUUUUACUCUACUGAGCUUUUUUUUCCAAGAAGGGUUUGCUUUUGCAAAUGGAGAAGAAUGGAAAAUUCAGAGAAAAUAUUACAUUCAGCAACUCAAAGAGCUUGGAAUGACGACUUUCAAAGAGGAGCGAAAAGGGCCCAUUUAUGAAGCAGUCAAUGAUUGCAUAAAAGACUUGGAGAAAAGUGGUGGUAAACCAGUGGACUUAACUGAGAUCAUCGCGAAAGGAAGCAACAAGAUUUUGAGGACUACUCUAUUUGCGGGAGAAGAAGAUUUCACAUGUGAAGAUAUAAAGGAUGUCUGUCAUUCUUAUGAGUUUACGUUGCAAAACAUGACUGGGCCAAACCUCCUCCUGAUUGGAGAUUUUGCUAAGUAUUUUAUUCAUCCAUUCACAAAGGGUCAACGCUUGGCAGUGGAACACUUUAAUAUUAUGGUUAAAAAUAUAUUCAAAAUGUUGAACAAACACAAAUCAAGUUUCAGCGAGAAUAAUCUAAGGAAUGAUAUCUUCGACAGAUACUUCAAAGAGCGAUUAGAUAGAUUGGCACGAAAUGAUCCUACUGCUCAAUAUUUCACGGACAGGGCAUUAGUUGGGGCCAUAUUUCAAUUUAUCGGUGAUGGUGUGCUAACCGUGGGAGUUUUUGUAUGCGCUUUCCUCAAAGCCCUUUUGGACUAUCCCGAAGAACAGGAAAAGAUCUACAAUGAACUUAUAGAUGUCGUAGGAACAGACAGGGAUCCAGGCAUCGAAGACAAGAGCAGACUCCCGUAUACCAAUGCAUUUAUCUUAGAAGUUACAAGAGUAUGCGAAGUUUUUCCAUUCAUACCAGAGCUGGAAUGUACAAGAGAAACUGUUAUUCAAGGAUACAGAAUACCAAAAGGGUCGGUUAUGUUGGUUAAUACUUGGGCAGCUCAUCACGAUCCGAACGAAUACGAAGAGCCACAUAAAUUUAAUCCCUCUAGAUACAUUCCUGAAAAGGGAAAGAAAAAACCAGAAGCUCCGAUUUUAUUUGGAAUUGGGAGGAGAUCUUGCAUUGGAGAAGGCUAUGCAAUGGCUCAGACAUUUCUUUUCCUUACAACUAUUGUUAAACAUUUCCGUUUGACUAAGGCAACGGAUGAAGACAAAAAUUUGCUUUUUCUUGUUGGUAAAAUGGAAGUUUGUGCCCAUCCUAGAAAUCCCGCAUAAACACCACUGCCUUCAGGAGAUGAUAGAACCAUUGAUGAAUAAUUUUUACUUAUGCUACAUAAUUUUUUAUCUACUAUACAAAUAAAACAGAACACUUAAUUGUA